GUAAGGCCUCGUCUUCUCUGGUCGAGUUUCUCUCACACUCCACUCUCCCCCUGGGUCCUGCGUGCCGACGCCAUAUAGCCCAGCGGGCCCAUAGGAGACGAGCAUCAGAGACCGAAGAAAGUCAGCGAGCUGGAACCCAGGCGUCCCGUUUGGAAGUGUCCAAGGAGAUCGCCCCAAGUGCGCCAGCCGAGUCUGGGAGAGUUUCCUUCUGGCCGAGAGGGGGAGCCCCGCGUUCCUAGCCGGCAGCGACCCGGAGUCCCGAGCCUCGAGCCCCAGCCGCCAGCUAGCGCCAGUUUUGGCUUCAGCCGAUUAGGAAAAGGAGGGAGGGGGCCUAGAGCGCGUAGAGGGAGGGGACCGGAGCCGGAGGGUCCCGAGUCCAGCUCGCUGUUGACGUAGAGAAACUUUCCCUCUCGGCCACGGAAACGGCGCCCCGGCUACGCCGGAGCGGAGAUCUCCAGGCUCCGAGGACGCGGCGGCUCUCCAUGCCCCUGCCCGGAGCCUGACCCGACUGCAUCAGUCACUAAGUUAUGUGUAAUUUCAUCUGAUAUACACAAGAGAGAAAGUAAUUGAAGGCAAGUUCAGAUGGGAACUGUAUGAUUGAAAGUCAAGUGUCUGCAUAUUCCUUCAACUAUAUUUGAACAUACCUACCCAGGAUAUAAAGUGUGAUUGAACUGAACAUCUAUUUGGUUGUUCCUCAUCAUGAACCGUGCUUUUAGCAGGAAGAAAGACAAAACAUGGAUGCAUACGCCAGAGGCUUUAUCAAAACAUUACAUUCCUUAUAAUGCAAAGUUUCUUGGCAGCACAGAAGUGGAGCAGCCCAAAGGAACAGAAGUUGUGAGAGAUGCUGUAAGGAAGCUAAAGUUUGCAAGACAUAUCAAGAAAUCUGAAGGCCAGAAAAUUCCAAAAGUUGAGUUGCAAAUAUCAAUUUAUGGAGUAAAAAUUCUAGAACCCAAAUCAAAGGAAGUUCAACACAAUUGCCAGCUUCACAGAAUAUCAUUUUGUGCAGAUGAUAAAACUGACAAGAGGAUAUUCACUUUCAUAUGCAAAGAUUCUGAGUCAAAUAAACAUUUGUGCUAUGUAUUUGACAGUGAAAAGUGUGCUGAAGAGAUAACUUUAACAAUUGGCCAAGCAUUUGACCUGGCGUACAGGAAAUUUCUAGAAUCUGGAGGAAAAGAUGUUGAAACAAGAAAACAGAUUGCAGUGUUACAGAAAAGAAUUCAAGACUUAGAAACAGAAAAUAUGGAACUUAAAAACAAAGUACAGGAUUUGGAAAACCAGUUGAGAAUAACCCAAGUAUCAACAUCUCCACUGCUGCACAAAAUGUCUGAUCAUGAGCAACACGGGUUUCAGAGAUGCUCACCUUCUUUCUGGCGUAGAACUGAUGAUUCAUCUCCCUGUCUAAAUAUUUCUUCCAUUACUGUCACUCCUGUCAACUCGCCUGAUUCCAGACUAUCAUUGGGAUUGUUAAUACCACCACCUUCUAAAUGUGGCCUUUCCAAGCCAAUCAGUGAGAGCAGCAUCCCAAGACCUCAUGCAGGCAAUGUGACACCUAAGUCUCCCUCCACUGACAUCUUUGAUAUGAUUCCAUUUUCUCCGAUUUCACACCAGUCUUCAAUACCUACUCGCAAUGGCACGCAGCCACCUCCAGUCCCUAGUAGAUCUACCGAGAUUAAACGGGACCUGUUUGGAGCAGAACCUUUUGACCCAUUUAACUGUGGAGCAGGGGAUUUCCCUCCAGAUAUUCAAUCAAAAUUAGAUGAGAUGCAGGAGGGGUUCAAAAUGGGACUAACUCUUGAAGGCACAGUAUUUUGUCUCGACCCAUUAGACAGCAGGUGCUGAUGUCAAGAACAAGAGGUCUUGAGUCUGUUAAAUUUGUUUUGUAUACAUAUCUAUUAUUCAUUAUUACUUGUGACAGGUAUUAUACAUGUACCAAUAUAUUUUUGAAUCUCAUAACUUCUGAAAAUUAUUUCAGUAAAAUUUCCUCAUACUUUCACUGUUGUACUGUAGCAUUUUGUUUUAAAAACAACUCACUGUAAAGUAAAUCAUACUUUUAUGUUCCUUUCUGUUUGUUUGUAGAAGAAUUUAUAACUGAAAGACAAAUUAUCCAA